GUCUGGGCAUGUACGGUCAGCAUGCAAACUAACUGAGUUAAGAGUGUUCAGAGUAACACCUGAUAUCGUUUACACAAGGUAUGUGUCCGCACAGUCAACUGUACACAUUCCACGUGUCACACUGGGCUGGCUACACAGUCAUGCGUUGCACCCAGGCUAACAGGACAAUUAUACUUUGUUACUUAUUGAUUUAGAUGUUCAUUCACGGAAAAUCAUAUAUAUAUAUGUGCCUACAGUUGUCAAGUUGAUUACUCCAAUAUGUUUUUAUUAUGUUGCUGGACAGUGUCAUUCUCAUAAUGUGGAGUUUUUACUGAAGAGGUAGACUUUGUAACUGGCAGUCAUGAAUUUUCAAAAAAAUGGAUAUACUGCAUUUGUACGAGGGCACCGGCGCACCCCCAGUGACAUUGAGUUUAAAGAGCUGACACGUCGUGAUGCCCAGACAGCUAUGAACAAAGAGCUCCAGAAGCUCAUAGCAACAGCCCCGCCUGGUUUACAACAGCAAACCCGAACGGAAUUUGACAAUUUUGAAAAACUUUUUAACCGCUUUCUCGUAGAGUCCGGACCAUCAGUAACAUGGGAUAAGAUUCGACUUCUGCCAGAAGAAAGCGUUCGUCGCUAUGGUAGCCUGCCACCACCCGAUACAAAAAAGAUACAGUCACUUCUCAAUCAGCUCGUUGUCAUCAAGCUGAAUGGAGGUCUUGGGACAAGUAUGGGGUGCACCGGACCGAAAAGCGCCAUCUCUGUACGGAAUGAGCUCACAUUUCUGGAUUUGACAGUCCAGCAAAUAGAGCAUUUGAACAAGAUGUAUCAGACAGAUAUUCCGCUGGUUCUCAUGAACUCAUUCAACACAGAUGAUGACACUCAGAAGAUCCUACGGAAGUACGGCCAGGUUAAAGUGAGCAUCUUCACCUUCAACCAGAGUAGGUAUCCGAGACUAAACCGGGAGUCCUUGCUGCCUAUACCUCAAAGCUUCGGACCCGAGAGUGCUGAAGGGUGGUAUCCACCAGGUCACGGAGACGUGUAUCCCAGUUUCUACAACUCGGGUCUUUUAGAUGAAUUCAUAAAAGCUGGCAAAAAAUAUGUGUUUAUCUCAAAUAUUGAUAACCUCGGCGCAAAUGUUGAUCUCAAUAUAUUGAACUUUUUACUGAACCCUGAAAACGGGCCUGCUCCUGAGUUUGUGAUGGAGGUGACGGACAAGACAAGAGCUGAUGUUAAGGGUGGUACGCUCGUUGAAAUUGAUGGGAAGCUGAGACUGUUAGAAAUUGCCCAGGUUCCAAAGGAACAUGUAGACGAAUUCAAGAGUAUUAAUAAAUUCAAAAUUUUUAACACAAACAAUUUGUGGAUGAAUCUAGAAGCAAUGAAAAGAGUCGUAGAAGACCAAACUCUGCAUAUGGAAAUUAUUGUCAAUCCAAAGACGCUGGACAAUGGCACAAACAUCCUGCAACUGGAAACAGCUGUCGGUGCUGCUAUAAAGAGUUUUGAAGGUGCUUUAGGAAUCAAUGUGCCAAGAAGCCGAUUUUUACCCGUGAAGACGUCAUCUGAUCUCCUGAUUAGCAUGAGCAACCUGUAUCACUUGAAGACUGGUACACUGGAAAUGAGUCCAAAACGCUCCUUUCCGUCCGUCCCUCUUGUUAAGCUGGGCACACACUUCAACAAGGUGAAAGAUUUCCUAGCUCGGUUUUCAAGUAUCCCAGAUCUUCUUGAACUGGAUCAUUUGACUGUCUCUGGGGAUGUUACGUUCGGCAAAAAUGUCAGUUUGAAGGGUACUGUUAUCAUCAUUGCCAACCAUGGAGAAAGGAUUGAUAUUCCAACUGGUGCCAUCCUAGAGAAUAAGAUUGUGUCUGGAAACUUGAGAAUACUUGACCAUUAAAGCAACGAGUUGUGUAGACAUUGUGUUCUUUUAAUGCAUGCUGUACAAGAACAAAAACAAUGCCCUGAAAUGUGAAUCCGCCAAGACGUUUAUCAUUGUAAGCUUUGCCGACUAUAGCCUGUAAAGUGAACUGUAAUCACAGCUUUGUGUUGUGUUUAUCAUUGUAAGCUUUGCCGACUAUAGCCUGUAAAGUGAACUGUAAUCACAGCUUUGUGUUGUGUUUAUCAUUGUAAGCUUUGCCGACUAUAGCCUGUAAAGUGAACUGUAAUCAAAGCUUUGUGUUGUGUUUAUCAUUGUAAGCUUUGCCGACUAUAGCCUGUAAAGUGAACUGUAAUCACAGCUUUGUGUUGUGUUUAUCAUUGUAAGCUUUGCCGACUAUAGCCUGUAAAGUGAACUGUAAUCAAAGCUUUGUGUUGUGUUUAUCAUUGUAAGCUUUGCCGACUAUAGCCUGUAAAGUGAACUGUAAUCACAGCUUUGUGUUGUGUUUAUCAUUGUAAGCUUUGCCGACUAUAGCCUGUAAAGUGAACUGUAAUCACAGCUUUGUGUUGUGUUUAUCAUUGUAAGCUUUGCCGACUAUAGCCUGUAAAGUGAACUGUAAUCAAAGCUUUGUGUUGUGUUUAUCAUUGUAAGCUUUGCCGACUAUAGCCUGUAAAGUGAACUGUAAUCACAGCUUUGUGUUGUGUUUAUCAUUGUAAGCUUUGCCGACUAUAGCCUGUAAAGUGAACUGUAAUCACAGCUUUGUGUUGUGUUUAUCAUUGUAAGCUUUGCCGACUAUAGCCUGUAAAGUGAACUGUAAUCACAGCUUUGUGUUGUGUUUAUCAUUGUAAGCUUUGCCGACUAUAGCCUGUAAAGUGAACUGUAAUCAAAGCUUUGUGUUGUGUUUAUCAUUGUAAGCUUUGCCGACUAUAGCCUGUAAAGUGAACUGUAAUCACAGCUUUGUGUUGUGUUUAUCAUUGUAAGCUUUGCCGACUAUAGCCUGUAAAGUGAACUGUAAUCACAGCUUUGUGUUGUGUUUAUCAUUGUAAGCUUUGCCGACUAUAGCCUGUAAAGUGAACUGUAAUCAAAGCUUUGUGUUGUGUUUAUCAUUGUAAGCUUUGCCGACUAUAGCCUGUAAAGUGAACUGUAAUCACAGCUUUGUGUUGUGUUUAUCAUUGUAAGCUUUGCCGACUAUAGCCUGUAAAGUGAACUGUAAUCACAGCUUUGUGUUGUGUUUAUCAUUGUAAGCUUUGCCGACUAUAGCCUGUAAAGUGAACUGUAAUCAAAGCUUUGUGUUGUGUUUAUCAUUGUAAGCUUUGCCGACUAUAGCCUGUAAAGUGAACUGUAAUCACAGCUUUGUGUUGUGUUUAUCAUUGUAAGCUUUGCCGACUAUAGCCUGUAAAGUGAACUGUAAUCAAAGCUUUGUGUUGUGUUUAUCAUUGUAAGCUUUGCCGACUAUAGCCUGUAAAGUGAACUGUAAUCACAGCUUCGUGUUGUGUUUAUCAUUGUAAGCUUUGCCGACUAUAGCCUGUAAAGUGAACUGUAAUCAAAGCUUUGUGUUGUGUUUAUCAUUGUAAGCUUUGCCGACUAUAGCCUGUAAAGUGAACUGUAAUCAAAGCUUUGUGUUGUGUUUAUCAUCAUAGACAGUUAGCAGCUUUCCUUCUUUCAACAAACUACGAUGCAACUGGGGACUUAAAAACUACAUGUAAAAAAAAAAUAUGAAGACAUUUUUGUACUUUUUUUCUGAAAAGCGAUUGAAUCAACAUAGAUGAUAAGCAUGAGAACCUUCUAACAAAGGUCUGCUCCAAUGUAUUAACUUACCAGUCGACAAUUUGACAAGUGCAUGCAUCCAUUAAAAGGCUCAAGCACACUUGUCACGGGUGUCUCUUCUGCGAUCUCAGAACGAUUUGACCAAGAUCUGACGGUGAUAUAUUUGGGCUGCAUGCAAUAGCCCAGUUAAGACAUUGCUGACUUUGUAAGUGUAGACCAGAGCCCGUUCUUAUAAAACUUUUAGAAGUCCAGACUCAAGUCUUGAAUAACUUCUUGAAAUUUUAAACGUAAUGGCAAAUUGCAUGCAUGUGACCUCAUUAAAGAUUCGAGUCUAGACUGUUAAGUUCUAUGAGCACGGGUCGAGAGUGUUGCACUGUUGGUGAAACCUGUUCACAUUAGUCUGUGUUCUUACCCUGUAACUUAGAGUCUGUUAUUCUAACUUGUAGAAUUUGAGACAAUGUGGUUCAUUUCACAAGAGGAGCUUGGUAAAUGAAGGGUUUUAAAUAUGCCUGAUGGGUCAUCUAGUGUAAAAAUACAAAACAGAUUGUCAUACUGUGAAGGGUUUUAAAUAUGUUUGAUGGGUCAUCUAGCGUAAAAAGACAAAACAAAUUGGCAUACUGUGAAGGGUUUUAAAUAUGCUUGAUGGGUCAUCUAGUGUAACAAGACAAAACAGAUUGGUAUACUGUGAAGGGUUUUAAAUAUGCUUGAUGGGUCAUCUAGUGUAACAAGACAAAACAGAUUGGCAUACUGUGAAGGGUUUUAAAUAUGCUUGAUGGGUCAUCUAGUGUAAAAAAAAAAAAAAAAGAUUGUCAUACUGUGAAAUCUUUUAUUUUCUUGGGCUUACAUUUUUAUGUUUUUCCGAAAAACAAACCUUACAUUUCGUUGCGUACUUAGUUAUAUUCGUGGAUCGAAAAGGUUGUAUCAUAAAUUUGUAUUAUAUAUGAAUACUUGUGUUAUAUUUGUUGUUAUGUGUUCUUAAAUUUGAUGACUGCACUAGUCGAUGAAUUACACAGGGAAAAAUUAGACCACCAUGGUCAAAAGUGAUUUCACAAUAUAGUAGGUUAUUAUAAACUGGGUCUUCUUUUGUGUGUAUCUUCCUUCCUCAUUCAAGUGUUUGUUGUUGGGUGUAUUCACAUGCACAUGUAUUUUCUUGGUUGUUUUUCAUCUGGGUGGGUUUAAUAUAAAUAUAGUUUAUUUAAAAAAAAAUUAAAAUCCAUGUGAAUUUUGUUCAAUAGUUGUAAUAUCAGUUUACAAUAUGGAUCUAUAAGACUACAGUAUUGAACACUGUUGUUUAUAAUUUAAAUUUAAAAAAGUCUUGUGGGAUUGAAAAUCAUUCAUUAAAAUAACUGGAUGGAGUUUUGGUUACUAAUGGUAAUAUUAAUUGCUAGCAACAUGCUUUUAUUGAUGCAUUCUUGUAAAUAUGCAUAUCUUCAUAAUGAAGAAUACUUUCAGAAAGAGGUAAAUUUUAUUUAACAAUUCAUUGAUAUCGAACACGUUUGACAUCAUUCUUUACCAUGAUCAGCCUGAUAUCAGAUAAAGAAAUAUUUAAUAAACACUCAUUGUCCGUUUCUGAACACUAAA